CACCGUCUCGCGCUUGUACUCUCCAAUCCCGAGCUUCGAAACGCAAUCGCAUCCGACAUCCCGCCCACCCCGCACAGCUCAUCAACAUGGAUCCCAAUAACCCCCGUGAGACCUGGAACCGUUUCCAGUCUGCUCUUCAGCGCGCUCAGAAGUCCGGUGCCGGCGGUAGGGGAGGUGCUCCCAAGGGAGCCAUCGGUGGUGGAAUCGGCCUGGCGUUGCUCCUCGGUGCCGUUUUCGCCGGAAACAGUGCUCUGUUCAACGUUGAUGGUGGUCACCGUGCGAUCAAGUACACUCGUCUCGGAGGUGUCAAGAAGGAAAUCUACAAUGAAGGAACUCACUUGAUGAUUCCAUGGUUCGAGACACCCAUCACCUACGACGUCCGUGCUAAGCCCCGCAACAUCGCCUCGUUGACCGGAACCAAGGAUCUUCAGAUGGUCAACAUCACCUGCCGUGUGUUGUCCCGUCCCAGAGUGGAUGCUCUCCCGGUCAUCUACCGUACUCUCGGAACCGACUACGACGAGCGUGUUCUGCCUUCGAUCGUGAACGAGGUCCUCAAGGCCGUUGUUGCACAGUUCAAUGCUUCGCAGUUGAUCACCCAGCGUGAGGCUGUCAGCAGACUGGUCCGGGACAACUUGGUCAAGAGAGCGGCGAGGUUCAACAUCAUGCUGGACGAUGUCUCGUUAACGCAUCUGGCAUUCUCGCCCGAGUUCACCGCCGCCGUCGAGGCCAAGCAGGUCGCUCAGCAGGAGGCCCAGCGUGCCGCAUUCGUAGUCGACAAGGCCAGGCAGGAGAAGCAGGCCAUGAUCAUCAGAGCCCAGGGAGAAUCCCGCUCCGCGGAGCUCAUCGGUGACGCGAUCAAGAAGUCCAAGAGUUACGUCGAGCUGCGCAAGAUCGAGAAUGCUCGGGACAUCGCGAAGCUGAUCCAGGAUGCUGGCGGCAAGAACAAGCUGUACCUCGACUCGGAGGGUCUCGGUCUCAACGUGUUCGGAGACGUCCAGAAGAAAUAAAUAACGCAGCAAUAGCGCGGCUACAAAAAUGUGUACUCUAUUUUGCUCGGUGUGUAGCGGUGGUGGUUGUCUUGUUGUGUUGUCUGCAUGAGAGGGGGAUGAAAAGCCGUGGCUCUGAGAGCUCUUUGUCUCUUGGCUGGGAGCACUCACUGGGCUUUGUGUGUGCUCCGCUGUGUCUAUUUCUGUCUUUCGGAAUCUCUCUCUCUCCACCUAGUUCGAUUCCAUGUACAAUAGGGAAAAAAAAGCGUUGGCAAUAGAAA